AUGAAGAUGCAAACCUUUUCCACAAAAUCUUCCCAUUCUUCAUUUGGCUGUGGAGAUGUUGUGCUUGCACUCCCUAAAGAUUGUCACAAUAUCAAGGAGUAUUUUCUGACAAGGGCAAACGGAAAAUCAUUUACAAAGAGUGUGUUGAUAUAGCUCAGGAGGCUGCAUAAGAAAACACUCAGCCACCACUAGUUUCACCGCGAAAUGACGUAUGAGGAACGAGCAACUGAGAAAUUCCAUUAACUGAUGACGUAGGGUGUCACUACGUAGCUGAUUGGUAGAGCCGUCAGGGUAACGUGCUUCAACCAGUCAUAGACACUUCUCAAAUCUUUUUGUCAGCUUAGCUCAAGAACAUUUCUGAUAUCUUGAGCAUCUGAUUAGAGUCAUAUUCAUCGUCGUUGAAGGGAAAGAAUUCACACGCGCAUUAAAAAAAUUAAGUGUAUAAACAAAAAACGUAUAAGUGCUAAUGUGAAGCUAACUGACCACUUUUUUUCAAUCUAUAGGUGUUUAACUCAUCAGCAGACUCAAAAGGUGAAGUCGCAUCUAAAGUGGCCGAGAGCAUUUUGAAUUUCUUCCCUGGGUUUGAGGCCUUUAAACUUCAUCCUCCUUCUUCUGAUCCAGAAGUUGUAUUAAAUCUUAAUCGAGAAGAGGUGCAGGGUGACGUAAACAAGUCGUUUGUGCGGAGAGUGGAAGAAUUCAAGAGGAUGCUGAGGUCCAAGUUAACGCCCAAACGCAGCUUUCGUGAUGGAGAAUAUGUAACUGGCGAAGGUAAUAACUGAACAUUAAAUGUAAUUCUAUUCUCAGAUAUGCACAUCGUGGUUCUUCUUUAUGUUCUUUUGUUCGUUAUAAUCUAUUUUCGCUGGGUUCAGAUUUCCAUUGAUGUCAAAAGCACGACAUUGAUAUAAUAAUGCCUUUUUUUUCAAGAUGAAUAACACCGCGCCUGGUCAUUUAUAAAGCAAAUUUAAAUAAAGUUCAGAUAUAACACGCCCUCAGAUUGGUUGAAAGCGUACUUUAUGAGAGUAUAAAACAAGGAGCUAAAGUUUGCUUUAAAAAACUAGAAAGUGAUGCGUGAGGAAUUUAACGGUUUCUAGAGCACUCAAGAAGUAGGGAGAAGCAGUCUCGUGUUUUACCCUUGCAUUAUACCUUUCGUUCGUGCUCUUGGCGCUUCCUGCGUGCUUCAGUGGUGCUUUACAACAUGUAAAACGGAGUAAAGUCAAGGCUUCUUUAUUUGUUACGUAAAUGGCAUUAUAUUUUUGUAUGGCUGUUGAAUCAAGUAGAUUGAUCUGAGAGUCAUGCUUUAGGUGUAACUAUCCGAUUGGCGAAAGGCUGUGAAAUAUCAUCGCAUCAUAACCUUGAUCAUUUUCUGAACUUGUUUGCGUGUUUGUUUGUUUUUUUAAGCUCAAGCAGCUCUCGUCAAUAUUUACGUUGAGGCAUUGAACACUCCUGGAACAGUUCCUAGUGUACAGAGCGCCUGGGAGACCUUUGUGCAUGCCAAGUGCUCCGAGGCAAAAGCUAUCGCCAUGCAGAUCUAUCAAAGCGCCAUGUCAUCUAAGCUAGAUGGAACACUGCCUCGUGAGAGUGACGAGAUUCGCCAAGUUCAGCAAGCGGCCAUUGAAGAAUGUAUGGUUAGGUUUCAAGCUGAGACAGUUGGAGUGUCUGCUUUAAGCAGUGAAAAGUACCUGGAUGAACUGACGGUAAGGAACAGUAUGAGAUCGCCCCAUAUAACAAAAUUCGGAUUCCGGAAGCAGGGGAAAUUUUACUUGUAGAAUAUGGAAUCCUACGCUGGGAAUCCGGAAUUUCAUUAACGAUUGGAAUCUAGUACCUGGAAUCCGGAAUCCACGGUGUGGAAUUCAAAAUCCAAGACUGGUUUGGAUUCCUUUACAUAGCAGGGGAUGUGGUGUCAAAUCUGUGCUUUGUAAAUUAAGGCCCAUGUGUGCCCAGAUCAAUACUCAAUAGAAGAAGAAGAACAAGAAGAAAGUAAUUCAAAGUAAAAAUGGCACAUGUCCACUGAAUUUUCUGGGGUGCAUUAAAACUAACAUCUGGCGAAACUGGUAUCGUCUGGCGUUAAAAAAAAAAUAAUAAUAAAAAUUAAAAAAAAAAAAACAGACUUUGAUUAGGUUGUACGUCAGGCGUAGCGCUGAACCUCUGCCCCUAAAAUAAGAAUUUGACUGGGCUGAACGUCAAACAUUACUUGCUACGUCCGACGUCAACAUUUAUGCAACUGGCCCGUGAUCCUUACAGAAACAGUGUAAAAUAAGGAAAAAAAAUUGAAUUUAAACGCGCACCUUUCUCUGCCCAUAGGAGCACAUGGAAAAUGGCCUGAAGCAUUGGCUGAAGGAGAACAAUCGUUUAACAAGACAAGAGUGCCACAAGCUGCUGCGUGAUCUGAAAGAGCAGCAUUUGGAUCCUAUCCUGAGACAGCUCAGUGGAAAAGAUGGAGCUUCUGUCACUUUUGCUGAAAUAAUUGGAGGUUACUCUGCUAUUGAGCAAGGAUUUAAAACUCAUUCUAGAGGAGCCAAGAAUGUGUGUGCUCAGAUGUUUUACGAGUUCCAUCCUGUAAGUUUAUAUGUUCAAAUUCCAUGUUUAGGAGAAUUAAAAGAAAUAUGUUUUUUUUUUUAGAUUGAGUUAUUAGACAGGUUAAAUAAACAUCAAUAAUGUGCAAUUUUCUCGAACAUUUACCUUGAAUGGUUUACGAGCUCAGAUGCAGAUGCCGUCUCCCACGGACUUGAAAACCCUUCAGGAGGCACCAUCUCUCAUAUCUCAGUCUUAUAAACUAUCCUGGACGUGCCUAAAAAGUCGUAUUGGUAUGUGAUCUUGUGUCAUUCCUCGCUAGAAAACUGAUAAGAAACUCACUUAGUAGAUGGGAACAUCUGAAGGAUUUUUAGCGUAACUCCUUUUAUAUUUUCUACUAUCAAGUCCUAAGAUCGCAUAUCUCUUGCCUACAUAGGAAAUGCAAAAGGAAAUGGAAAAACACAUGGUGCACUUGCAACAACUGAAAGACUUUGAUGAAACUUUAGCCUUAGAGAGAGAAGAAAAAGCCCGUCAGGAACAGGAAAGGAGAAGGAUUGAGGUAAAAAUAGUAAAAUAACUGAGCGCGUUUUUAGAAGCGUGAACAGGUAGAGGAAGUUUCACAGUAAGGAUGAUCAUUGAACCUUUUCAUCUAAUUGACAAGUAGAGACGACAUUUUUACUAAAAAAUGACUUCAAAAGUAAACUCGAGUAUUUGUAAAAAAACAAACAAUUUAGUCUUCAACUCUAAAAUCUACAAAAAAUAGGUUUAUAACUUAAAAGCACAGCAGACUUUAAAAAAAAAAAGGUUAUCGAGAGACACCUUGUCUAAACUUAAUGAUAGAAACUGCACUUUUGUUGUAUUUAGUUCUUAUACGCCUCGAUUGAUACUGAAAUGAACACUUUUUUCUGUAUAUUUGUUUUCGUUGCGUUACGUUGAAAAAAGAAAACAAAGCACAUUGCUGAUGGAUCAUUCUUUAAAUGUACUAACUCUCUGGGAAUCAAAAUUAACCAAGUGUUUUUUUUUUUUUUUUUUCUCGGACCGGUAUUUCAAUGUUCGCUUGUAAAAUACACUGUAUAGCAAUUAAUCCUCAGUAGAGAUCUAUUCCAACAGGGCUCAGUACAACUUCGAUGAAUACAGAAUUGUUUAAGGCUUCUUAAAUAUAGAUUUAAUAAGCUCACAGAGGCGUGUUCUUUUCAAUGCUCGCUUUUAUUUUUGAUUUAUCUAGGAGGAAAACGCGUGCCUCGAGGAGGAACGUCGCACGGAAGAGAAAGAGGUUUGCACAAAUUCACUUUUAAGUGUAACCAUUUUCUGCUGUAAAAUAUUACUUUAUCUGUCUGCCUCAUGUUCUCUAGGCAUUUGCCAUAAGGAAAAUGAUGUCGCUCUUUUGUAGAUGGAGCUUCUGCGGAUCAAACAAGAGGAGGACAGGAGACGCUUGGAAGAGCAGUUUAAGGCAGACGUGGAGGCCCAAAAAGAACAAAUGUGCAACAUGAUGGCGGCAAACAUGGACGAACUGCGAAAGGACAGGGAAGCAGUAAUUCAGCAGAACCAGACGAAAAAGGAAAGAAUGGAGCAGAUGUACCAGUCUAUGGAGCAAAGGAACGCUCAAGUGAUCGAGUUUCAGAAGCAGAUCACUGCACUUGCUAACCGCCCACCUCCACCACCACCGAAGGGUGGUUGCGUUAUUCUUUAA